UCGGCGUGGCUGCCUGCGCGGCUGUGUUGACUGCCCGGGCCAGGCAGCAGCUGUUGGCCCCGAUCCAGCGCUUGGGCUGGAAUGACACCGAGCCGCCGCAGCGAAAGGCUGUUGUGUAAUGUGGCAGGGCAGGCACCAGGCCCGGCUAAUCGAGCCCUGCUCGUCGGAGCUGCGUGCUGCUGGGUGCCCGCGGGUGGGGAGCCUGCGCCGCCUCCCCACAGAGCUGCACCACUGGCACCCCUGCCUGCCCACCACGCUCCGGCCGCCCAAGGAACGGAAGACCCGCUCGGGAGGGGCAAAAGGGCCUACAGGAAUGAAGAAGACACAUACGUCCCAGAUAGAGGUGAUCCCGUGUAAGAUCUGUGGCGACAAGUCUUCCGGGAUUCACUAUGGGGUCAUCACUUGUGAAGGCUGCAAGGGUUUCUUCCGGCGCAGCCAGCAAGCGAACGUGACCUACUCCUGCACCCGGCAGCAGAACUGCCAGAUUGACCGCACCAGCCGUAACCGCUGCCAGCACUGCCGCCUGCAGAAAUGCCUCAGCCUCGGCAUGUCCCGAGACGCUGUCAAAUUCGGCCGCAUGUCCAAGAAGCAACGGGACAGCCUCCACGCGGAAGUCCAGAAGCAGCUGCAGCAGCAGCAGCAGGGCGGCGAGGGGCUGGCAUCCGCCUACUCCCUGGGAGUGACCAAUGGGCAGCUCAAGCUGGCCCCUUCGCCCGACCUCCUGGAGGCCUCGGCCUACUCCGCGGCCCUGCUGAACGGCCAGGCCCGCCUCGGCCAGUCCCCAGGCGAGACGGCGGCCGUGGCCUACGCCAACGGACUCACCAAGGCCCCGAGCCUGCUGGGCGAGGACCUGCGGGCCCCCUUUGCCAAGGAGUACAGCCCCGAGCGCAUCAAGAUGGAAGGCAGGGGGAGCAUCUAUUACCCCCUGGAGAUGCAAGCGUCGCCGGAGCUCUCCUGUGCCGACAUUAGCGGCGGGAAGCGCCUGGCGGGGAGCGAGGUCAGCGCCGGAAGCCUGGACUUCUACACCACCCCCAGUUUUGCCAGCCUCUUGGAGUCGCCCAAUUCCUCCCUGACGGAGAUUGAGCACCUCACACAGAACGUCCUCAAGUCCUACCGGGAGACCUGUCAGCUGCGCUUGGAAGAUCUCCAGCUCCUGAGAUGGGAGGCAUUCACCCGGGAAGAAGUUGGGAGCUACCAGAAAAAGUCUAUAGAAGAGAUGUGGGAACGCUGUGCCUGCCGAGUCACUGAAGCCAUCCAGUAUGUGGUGGAGUUUGCCAAGAGGAUGGGCGGCUUCAUGGAGCUGUGCCAAAACGAUCAGAUUGUGCUUCUCAAAGCAGGUGCCAUGGAAGUGGUUUUGGUGAGAAUGUGUCGUGCCUUCAAUUCUGAGAAUCGGACAGUCUUCUUUGAGGGCAAAUACGCUGGCCCAGAACUCUUCAAAUCCCUUGGAUGCAACGAGCUGAUCAACUCCAUCUUUGACUUCGCUCACAGUCUGUGUUCGCUGCACUUCUCCGAGAACGAAAUCGCCCUCUUCACGGCACUGGUGCUUAUCAACUCAAAUCGUCCCUGGUUGCAGGAGAGGAGCAAGGUGGAGCGGCUGCAGAACAACCUGGAACUGGCCUUCAAGCACAUGUUGCGGAAAAACCACCGGGAAGGCAUCUUGGCUAAGCUGCCCCCCAAAGGGAAGCUUCGGAGCCUCUGCUACCAGCACAUGGAGAAGCUGCGCUCUUUCCGCCAGAUGUACCCCAUCAUCGUCCAUGCCGUCUUCCCACCGCUGUACAAAGAGCUCUUCAGCUCAGACUGCGACCCACCCCAGGGAGCAGCAGGGGAGUAACACGCCCACAAGCCGGGCGAGGACAGCAUCCAGCGGUCUCCUCCCAUCUCUCCUCCUCUCUCUGCCUUUCUCCGGCUUGCAGCAUUACCGACACCGGAGCGGCUAGGGUGGGAGAUCACAGAGGCCAAAAUUAAGAUCCUGCUUCCGAGCGGGACGCCUGGGUUUGUUUUACUCCCCACUUCUGACACCGGUUUUGGUACGCAGCCUCGAGCGAGUCUUUUCCCUCCCCGAAGAGAAGCGGGGCAGGCCCAUGCCACGCCACCCCACGUUUGUCGCAACUGCCAGGCGAGGGGCACGUAAUGCUUGUGAAGCACUUCCAAAGACACUGGGUGCUGUUGAAGUGCAAAGUAUUAAGUUAGGGGAGAGUCUUCAUGUCUACGGUGCUCUCAGGAGGAGGAGGCUGUUCUCUUUUUGGGGGGUUUGUUUUUUCGCUGUGACGUGGUCUCAUUAGAGGGGCAAAAUCCGGCUCGCUGCCUGCACGGUAACACCGCAGCCAAUAUGGCCGACCCGGGUAGCCCAGAAAUACCUCAUUUUGCUGGCUGACAGCAUGAGACUCAACCAAGCUAUCCUGUUGUUUUUGUUUUUCUUGAAACCAAGUUUUUAAGAAAUAAUAUAUUAUAUAUACAUAUAUAUAUAUAUAUAGAUAUAUAUAUUUUGUGGACAAAUGUGGUUCUAUAUUAUAGAUCUCUAUUUUUCAGUGUCUGACCGCUUCUGUAUUUGAAAACGAGGGAGUCGUGUGCUCUCUCGUUCUGUCUCCAAUGCAAACUGACCUCCUAGACUAGAUUUUUAACUACCAGCAACUUGCCAAAAAAAACCAACCCCACAAACCUGCUGCUUUUGCGUUAAAAUAAACAAAAAUAAAAACACCAAGAAGUCAUUUUCAACACACACACAUCCCCAAACCCCAAUACCGUAUGAAUAGAAGAGCAUAGAACUUUAAGAAUUAAUUUUUUGUGAACAGAUUUGCUAUGAUCCGUUUUAAAUAACUCCUCUCAUUGAUAAAAAGUAAGGUAAUGAUGAUUAAACCAUAAAAUGACAUUCA